AUGUCAUCAGUACAGCAUCAAUUUCAAAAUUGUGGGCGUUUGCCUGGCUUGUCAAAGGAUUUUAGAGAGCUGGGUUUAAAUCCCCCGAAUGGCUCGAAACAAGACCGGUAUGCGCCAUCAAUGGCCAGGACUCGUAUUUCAAAUGCAUACACACAAAACAGAUAUGCUCCCAUGCGUGGGGUGCCUUCUAAAAUGGAGUACGACAAAAUCUCGAAUGUGCACAUGACUCCCACUCGUGGUUAUGGAACCAUAUCUCAACCUUCUGAAUUUGAAGAAGGCAUGAUUAUAAGUGCUAAGAUUCCAGAAUGGGAUUUCAGACAGUGCUUCGAUCCUCAAGACAAACACCAGUCAAUAACCAGCCAGUCAACAGUCGUUUAUGAGAAGAUGAGAAAGUUUGUUGUGCUCCGCGUCUUCCCAACACAUGUGGCUGUCUUACCCAUACUUACCCAUUCAGGAACGGGACUAUCGAGGAAGAUCGCUAAACACAACUAUGUCUCGAUCAGAGACGUUGAGGAUCGCGAAAAGGCUGCACCUGCUGAAAGCGAGCACCCUAUAUUGUGGACACAGACACUGAAAACCCAUAAGAUUGCUUCAGCCUGGCAGAAAAUGAGCAAUACUGCGGUUAUCCAUUUUACCAAUUGUAGAGAACAUAAGUUUGGAUGCCCAGCAGCGAUAAAUGGCAAAAUGACAGAAGCUUCUUUCGCAUCCCUCAAGAAAUUAUUCAUGGAUGGAAUGACUCAUCACAAGUUCGUAGAAAAGUUUCCUGAGAAUGUAUCUCAAAGCUUGCAAGAGCCACCGCAAGUAAAUGAUAAGCUGCACUUUCCUAAACUCGCAGUAAGCAAAGGUACAGGGUCGGUCAUUUCAACAAUGUCCCAAAUGAGUGCCGUAGUGAAGCCGCGUAUACUCGUCGACUCUAACACAAGAGCUCCAGAUACCACUACUAUAAGAGCCCGAGGUGUGGCAAUACCGUCAUCGGCUGCUGCAUUCAAGAAUAGAGCAACAGGAGCGCCUUCUACCAUUGGGGAGAAAUCGCGAAGCUCAAGAAUGGAUCAAUUAGGUCCUUCGGCAUUAAGAUGUCUUUAG